ACCAAUUUCAACAGCAUUUCCAAAACAUUUGGAUUACAACAAAUUUUAUUUAAGUUAAGCAAAACCACCGAAAAAUUUUUCCUCUCAAUCGGAGCAAUUUACUAAUCAUUUCUUCCAUGCUGUGAUUCUCCUUAUGUCGAUAAUGCUCGUAAUCGAUAACGUCUGUCUGAGAUGAACAUUAUCAAACAUCACUUUGAAAAGUUCAUGACACUAAUCUCCUCGUUUCCACAAAUUAAAAUCUAUUUAAAUUAGCAGUACUUUCUUCCGUAACAACAAGAAUUCUAUUUGUCACAACUUCUUGAAUACUUAAAAUGUAUUCUCUCUGUUCUCCCUAUUGAUUCUGUUGACCACUAUUUACUAUCUACUAUUUACUAUCUACUAUCAUCUGCUAUCAUCUCUUUGAUGAUAAUGCAAAUAUCUUCCAUUAAAGGACCAAAAAACCGCUUCAUCAAGAAGAGAUGCGUGCAAGACGUAAUCAAAUGACUGAAGAAAGGAAGGACGAUGAAAUAAAUGGAACGAUUGAAAAACAGAUAAUAUUAUAUAUAUUAUCUUUUUAGAAUAAAUAAUGACGAUAAAUCUAAUAAUAUGGCGUAUACGAUUGAAUCGAAUAUAUAACAACUGAAAAUGCCGUGAUUGGAAAUUUCGCGAUUAAGCGAAGCAAGAAAGGUCGUGAUAUUUAUUCGUUCGCGUGAAAUUCGUCAUCAUGAAACUAAAAUACUGCAAAUUGAUUUUCUUGUGGCGAGCAAGACACACCGGAAGUAACUUGAUCAGGGAGCGAGCGCAACCAAGAUACAUCGAGGUUGUCGUCGCACAAAUACACUUGAAAACCUACGAGAGAAAUGCAGCGCUCGAAAAUCUCGUUCCGUCAUCGACUCAAAUCUCGCCCGGAACAACGUUUCGCUUGCAACAGCAUCAAACUGCAAUCACUGUUUCGGACAAUCACUACGAAACAAAAAAGUAACAAGAGAGAUUUGCAACUAGAAUAAUCGCAGAAUCGCACUUAAACGGACAAUCAUUAGCAUAGAGUUCAACAAGUAUACGAAGCAUCUAUAAGCUCAAGUACUACUCAAGUAUUCGACUACCACGCGAGUGUCAAUUUACUUAAUUGAACGGUGCUCGCAUUCCGAGAUGCAUUCCCGUUUAUUAGUCUUCUUAUUUCGGGUCUUAUCGGGCUUUCAUCCAAGUCUCGGAUGUCACGAUCAGAUAAUUAUACGAUCAGUAUUGAUCGUCUACGACGUCAUCCAAAUAAUAAGCUCGUAACCUUUCCUCGUAAAUGGAUCGGUUACACGCGCUCCUCGUCCGUCACAUCGAGGCAGAAGCGGAAAACGAGCAGCAAGAUAAGCGAUGGUAGCCAGUCAAACGGUGAGAAAGCUCCAAAAUGGGAUUUAACGAGACACUGAAAGAAAACCUGGACAACAUCACGGAUUUGCCGAGCAACCUGCUUCUCGAUACCGGCCAGCAUAACAGCAGUAAGAAUCACUAUGAAGUCGAUUACGUCCUUUGGCUGACAUUCAAGGCUCUCAUCAUGGGAUUUAUCAUUAUCUGCGCCAUCUUCGGUAAUCUGCUGGUCAUUGUUUCGGUCAUGAGGCACCGCAAGCUUCGAGUGAUCACCAACUACUUCGUGGUAUCGUUAGCUCUGGCCGACAUGCUGGUAGCUCUUUUCGCCAUGACCUUCAACGCUUCCGUGGAGUUGUCGGGACGUUGGUUGUUCGGAUACUUCAUGUGCGAUGUAUGGAACUCGCUAGAUGUUUUCUUCAGCACUGUUAGUAUUCUCCAUCUGUGUUGUAUCAGCGUCGAUCGUUAUUACGCGAUCGUACAACCAUUGGAUUAUCCAUUGAUCAUGACCAAUGUGAGACUGGGGACCAUGUUGAGCGUAGUGUGGUGCUCGCCGACCGUCAUGAGUUUCUUGCCGAUUUUUGCGGGGUGGUACACUACAGAGGAGCACUUGGAAUACAGAAGAAACUAUCCGGAUGUGUGUGUAUUCCAAGUCAACAAGCCUUACGCAAUCGUUAGUUCUGGCAUAAGCUUCUGGGUGCCGGGAAUAAUCAUGAUCGCGAUGUACUACAAGAUCUACAGGGAAGCAGAUCGUCAGGAACGUAUGCUGUAUCGGUCAAGAAUACAGAGUGAUCCGUGCAAAACUCUUUGCACAAAAUCUCUACGUACAAAAAUGAGGAGCAAAGUAGCGGCUGCUCUGUUGAAUAAACAUUUGCAAAUCAACGGGAUCUCGGCCGGUCUGACUACUCUGCCGACUGUGGACCAAUCGUCGCCGGAUCCACAACCGGAGGAACCGCCGAUGACCAGCAGCAGCAAAAUGAAGAGAGAACGGAAAGCGGCCAGGACACUCGGCAUCAUAAUGUCGGCAUUUCUGGCCUGCUGGCUUCCAUUCUUUCUCUGGUACAUCAUCACGGCGCUGUGCGAUUCGUGCGAGAGCAGCGACGUGGUCGUAGCGGUGAUGUUCUGGGUAGGCUACUUCAACAGCGCCCUGAACCCGGUCAUCUAUGCAUACUUCAACCGCGAGUUCCGCGCGGCCUUUAGCAAGACUUUAGAGAGCUGCUGUCGUGCGAUCGGACCGGUGCACGACCUGCGCCAGGUGCACCGCAAGCAGGACCUCGUGCACAGCAACGCCUCGUCCGAGCUGCACGUCAACAACCAGCUGCGCAACAGUGAGAUGACCAACGUCCACAUCGAGGCGUGUAUUUAAACGGCGAAUCCUCGGCGAGGUCGAGUAAGCUCUCGAGAUGCAUGACGAUAAUACGAUCUUCUCGUAUUCAAUUUUAUUUCACGCGUCGAACCGUACAAUCUGAAAAAUUAAAAAAUUGCGAAUUUUUGACACAGGGACGGAUCUCUUUAUCUCGUGAGACAAGCUUCCAGGUGAUUUCAAAGGAACUUUAUUCCUUUUUUUAAGAAAAACUUUAAUAUCGGGGGUGAAUCAACUUUUUGAGACCAAUGUAAUAUUACGGGAAUUUAAGAUUGCAUUUGAUAUUACGACCGUAUCUUCGUUUUUCUUGUACAGCCUUCUCCUGUUCUCGAGGUAAAAUUUGAAGAAUUUCAGACUUAGGAGAAACAUGAGAUAGAGGAUAUAAAACAAGAAUGAAAGGCAGAGAGAACACGUAAGAGAAUACGUAAAGAAUUUCAGUGUACGAUUCAGUGUUUUUCGUGGCCUAUUUGCAAGAGGGAGGUUCAUCGUUCCAAAGAAAGAGAGAGGGAUUGAGAGGGAGAGCAUAGCUCAUACCUAGUUUCGUCCUGCGACCGACCUAUUUUAAGGGAUACACUCGCUGGCCAUCCCCGAGGAUCUAUUUCUGCCCAGGCAGCGUUUUAUCGGGUUCGUAAAUAAGGCUCCUGUCCGUCGGCAGAUUGAUGUUCCGAUUUAGCAGUAAUAUUUUAACAGCGGCUCGAUAACAUCGGAAUGAACUUUCGAACCGACAUUCGAUACGUGUGGAAACUCGUCUAUUUCGUUCGUAUUAUGUACCGUUGUUUCCACUAUUGUUUCCUCGAUCUCGACUAACCGAAUAUUAAUCGGAAAAAUCAUUUGCGAUUAACCGACUAGAAACUACGUGCGACUCAGGGAUUUGUAUUGAAAAGAUAAGAUUUAUCGAUAUUCAAAGACUCUCUGGAAUGGAAUAUGAAAGCGUCAGUUUCAAAGGAUCGAGUAAUUGGUGAUAUUCUGUAGAUUGUAGACAAAUUGGAGGAGAAGUAAAGGGAGAAACGAAGAAACGGAGAAGCAAGAAAAAGAGUUGGAAGCUAGGAGAUGAAAUCGUUUUACUCGUUUGGGGAAUCACUUUGUACAUAAUCGCGCUGCGCAACGCGUUUCGUUAUAAUCAAAGGGAUUUAUAAUAAGAAUCUUAGCAUAAAUGACACGACGUCAUCAUUGUAAAUACGAAUCCGCGUGCAUCUAGGCUCGAGCAAUGUCGUGUAUAAGUGUUGAAACACUUUGUAUGUCACACACGUCCCUCCCGCAAAACAAAUCAUUUUACCCAAAAUAGGUGAAUUUACGAGAGUACCCCGUUGAAGAAAAUCGCUAAAUUGCCAAAAUUGCAUGAGAAACAGAAUUGUUAGACACACACACACGUUGUAUAUCUAUGUGUACAGCAAUAAAAUAUAAGAUUGUCGUUUCUCCCAUCAUCCGUUGCUCGUCGAUCGUUAAUACGUAGUAUACGUUGAUUAAAACGUAUUUCGUAUUUUGUUUACUUGAUAUAAUGAGCAACUCAUUUUCUUGCUUUUGUACAUGUGUAUAUACAUUUUUUUAAAAAAGACGAAAUCAAAUGUAAUUUACUAUCUAUCUUCUUCAGUCUAUCUUUUGCUCUUUUUCCCCUUGUUCUUUGUUAUCUGUAGUGAUGGACGAUAAGACAAGAACUUCAAGAUCUUGUCUUGUCUUGUCUUGAAUUUUCAAGACAAGAAUAUCAAUUUUUUGCAUUUGAUAAAAGCGAGACAAGACAAGAUUUAUACUUUAAAAUCAAGAAAAAUCAAUCAAGAUUCUUGAUUCUUGACAACUGAAAUUAAAUCUAAUCCGAUUCAUUUUUAAUUUUGAACAUACAAUUAACCUGGAAUAUACAAUUAACAAAAUAUCAUUGAAGAUUUUGAAAGAAGUAAUUUAAUAUAUUUUUUCUAUAGAUUAUGUUGAAAAAUAAUUAAAACUUUUUAGAUUAGAUUAUAUUUCUAAAAUUAUAGACUUGAUUAAAAAGUAACAAGUAAUACGAGUAUUAAUAUUAAAAUUAUAAAGUUGAGCAUUAAUUUCUUUAACAACUAUGCAGCUUAUACAGUCCAAAUUUAUAAUUUAAUCAAUUAUUUUAUAGUGUGGCCAAUAAAAUGUGUAUUUUUAUUUAAGUAUAUUUAAUAUUUGAUAUUCAUAUCUACUUUUACCAGCAAUACAAUAUUUUAUAUUUUAAUAAUAACAAUAUUAAUAUUUAUAGAUAUUAUAAAAAUAUCAAGAAUCUUGCAAGAUUCUUGCAAGAAUCAAGAAGAAUCAAGAUAAUUGAAUAUCAAGAUCAAGACGUAGUAAUUCUUGAUUUUAAAAGAUCAAGACAAGAAUGUUCGAUUCUUGUCUUGUCUUGUCUUGAAUCCAUCACUAGACUUAUCUACAAUCUGUUUCUUUCUUUAAAGCAUCAUCUAAUCCUAAUGGAUAAAAAACGACGAUACACGUAUAUAGAUAUGUAUACUUCAGAGUGCAGAACAAUCACUAAUGUAAGUACGAACGAGUGCGCGGAUAAUAUCGUAGACGUAUCCGUCUUUAACAAUUACGAUCUGUAAAAAUAUUGAAUUAUUUUGCAUUAGUAAAAAUUGUAAAUUUGUGUAUUAGUACAAACAAAUACGCUAGUGGAUUUCUGACAAUUUUUAUAUAUAUAAGUGACAAUAUUUUAUUUGUUUUCUAAUAAGAUAAUCAGCGGAAUUUAAAAUCGCUACGAGAUUGUUCGUCGGCUCGAUUCAUAUGUCGUAUAUCACGUAUCUAUUAGGCUGCGUAUAAAGUCGGUUAGUGCCCUAAUAUAAUGUAAUGUGCAACGUUGUAAAUCGAUGUUUACAGGCCGUUCCCAGCGUUAAAUUGGCUGAUGAAAAUCUAGCGGUAACAACCAUGCUGGCAAAGCGAUUUUAUCGUGAGGAAAAAGCCAUUUUGAACGAUCCACAAUUCACAACAAAAUUGGAAAAUUGUAUAUGUGUGUGUGUGUGUGUGUGUGUGUGUGUGUGUGUGUGUGUGUGUGUGUGUGUGUGUGUGUGCGCGUACGCAUACAUAUAUAAAUAUAUUUCAAAAAUAAAAUUAAGGCACUUUGAUAUGUGAAUUAUCAGUUGUUCAAAAUGAGUUUUGGACAAAAAUUCGUAUUUAUGAUGCGGAACGUAACACGUAGUAUUUUAAUGACAAUAGCGCAAAAGAAGAAAAACUUGUUACGGGCGCGCAAGUUUCCUAGAUUCUAGAUCGAUAUCUCGAGAUCGAAGUAUCUUGCAAAUGUUCAUGAUUGCGGUUAUUUUGGAUGCGUGGUCACACGCAUGCAGCAGCCAAGUUACGCGACUAUAUUUACUUUAACGCGAUUUCUGUAAAUCGUGACGUCUAAUUCCUGAACGAAAUUGCGACAAAAUAUUGCAAUACUUAUUAGGCAAAGUAAUAAAGAUAAACAUAUCCUUAUUCCCUUCUUUUUCUACAUGUAUAUCGACAUAUCCCUUUUCAUGUAUUUACUUCAGGUAGUCGAAACAAUUCGUGUGAUAACGAAUAUUUCAUAUUUUAUUAUAUAAUAUUUGUUAUUAACUAGAUUAUAAUCAAAAUCAUGGAGGUAAUUAUUAAAAUAUAUACGAUAUUAAGGAUUCUUGAGUACAUGUUUCAAAUCCACACGUUUCAAAUCCACAUGUUUCAAAUCCACACGUGGAAAGAUAUUUUUUAAUCAUAUAUUUUUUUCUCUUUCUAAACAUUAAAUAUUCCUAUUAAUGCAUUAAAUUGCUCAUUUUGAAGAAGAUUAAAAGAUAAUGUCAUAACUUACCGCUUGCCCGUGCUACAACGGGGACAUUAAAUUGCAAAACGCGACUCAUUAGUUGUAUUCAUCCUGAAAAAGUUGCCUGCGACCACGCAUUCUGCAUAACAAAAGCCUAAUGCGUAACGUAUUUGCGAGAUGUAUUUUCAAUGCGACGACGCGACAGAAGAAUAUGUAUGCGUGUGUGAAUGCUGCGUCGGUCGUAUGGGAAUAGAACGCGAUUGUAUGUAAUUCGACUGAUUGCGUUUGUGACUAAAAAGAUGUGAAUAUGUAUACGUGUAGAAAAUUAAUAACAAUGUUU